CAUAUACGCAAGUUCACACUUCCUUGUCUGGAAGUGCCUAGAUUUUUAUAGCGAGAGAUAGUUGAGAACAACAAAAACUAGUGUGCAUGGACCACGUCAGAUACCUAUAACCGCGGCAAGAUUGCAGUGCAUUCUAGGUGGCAGAUACGGCUGUGUCUCUGUGAGCGCUUAUCAUUUGUCCAAUUCGACUUCAAAAGUGGGAGUACACAUUUUCGACCAGGAGCUUUGGAUUUCGUCUCGUCAACACCGAACUGUGUGAGCUGUGACAGGGAAUAACGCAACAUGGCUUUUUCGGUGGGUAAUCGUCAGUCAAGCGAGGUCAUAAAGGAAGGAUACCUCACCAAGGAAAAGGAGCACGCCCGAGGCUCAUUUUGGCAGAAAUCUGAGCUCAAAAAAUGGUGGGUGUUGAAACAAGAUCAGCAAGGUGGAGCGGUGAUGUCCCAUUACAAGGAUCAGACGAAGAAAACGUCUGAGAAAAAGAUCCCGUACCCGGAUUUCGAGAAGAUGGACGUUUCCAAACACAACCACGACGAUUACUUCAGCAUCAAAUACGGAAACAAGAUCACCCACUUCCGGGCUGAGAGUAGACAACAACGUGACGAGUGGUACCAGGCCAUGCUGAGGGCCCUGGGGCGUUUGGCACCCGCUGGCCCGGACGACGAUGUCGUCAGCGUCAGACCGAGGUGCGACACAGAGAAUUUGCACAACAAACCACCGGUCUCCCGUCGCCCAAGAAAGCCGAUGGACAUUCAGUCUUCCCCGAGUCUGAGCUCCACUUUCCAAGCAGAGCUUAAAAAUGCAGUCAUUAAAAGCCCUAUGUCACAAAUCCCAGAAGGCGAGGACUUGGACGGUGACACAGCUAAGAUCAGGCAGGAAUUCCUGUGUUGUCAACGACAUCAUAUCACUGGCCACAGUGAUAAAGGGGUCAAUAUGGUAGACUUGAACAUCGUCUACGAAAAUGUGCAUUUUGUACGCUCCGAGGAGGAAUAUCAUAGAGCUGUUGCACACAGAAAAAUCAGUCUUGCUCGUGGCGAAGAGGUGUACACUGCACUGCACGACGUCGCAAGACUCCAGGCUCAGCCUGAGAACAUCUAUGAAAGCACGAUCCCAACUUGCCGACCGGACAGCUGCAAGGGACUGGAGCCGGGUAGUUCCGCUGCAAACAACAACCUGGACCAGUCGUCCGACAACCGAGCGCUCCCAGCGAGCGAGUGUGACUUAAACAUCGUCUAUGGGGAAGAUGAUUUGUCAUCGAAGCGAAGCAGCCUGUCCAGCAACGAAGACAACACGAAGGUGCAGCCUGUGCCUGUACCACCGGUACCCCUCCACACGGGCGAGUUACUCCGGACAAAAACACAAAAACUGAAUGAGGAAAUGAGACAGCCCAAUGGGAUCGAGAAGACCCUCUGUAAGACCGCUCUAGUUGGAGAGCGGGUCAAGAUUAAGCUUAUGGAGAAGAAAGAUAGUAUCUGGGUGAUUGGCUGGAAUGAAUGCAAGACCCAGCUGAGAGGAGCUCUGAAAGUCGGUGACCAGCUCAUCAAAGUCAACAAGCAGAUUCUCAGUUCGGCCAUGUUCGCCAGACAAACCAUCCAGAGCACUGACGAAGACAAGGUCAGCCUAGUUCUGAAGCGAAUUCCCCAUGGCUGUGUGUGUAUCAUUGCGCGAUUGUCCCCAUCCGAUGAUCUCGGGAUCACAGUGGAGGGAAAUGAGAUCACCUGCGUAGAUCCCUGCGGCCUGGCGUCCUGCAAAGGUAACCUGAGGCCUCAGGCCACGGGAGUGUCCGGCCGCCUGUGCAACUGGGCCAUCACGGAGAUCAACGCACAGCCCGUAGAUCUCUUUGCUUCCACUGAAUACAUCAGAGCGCAGCUCAGCCGCGCCGGAACCGACGUCGUACUGAUCGUCCAACCAGUAGACUUCGUGCAGGCGAUGAGAGACAGCUUAAACUCAGAGGUAGCUUAGACUUUGAGGAUUCUAUAAUUUAUCAAUGUUGAACACCCAUCCGUCGGUUAUUCGGGAUUUUUCCUCUUUCUUUCUGCACUUAGCCUGCUCCUUUAUUUCUCGGUAAAAAAGUACUUAACCUGACAAAAAAUUAGUAGACAACAAAACACGUGAAGACCAUGCAGCUCCCGAAAGGUCGUCCCAAGAGACAAAGUCUCUUUCGAGGGGCUGUCCUAACUGAAAGAUUAACAUCAAAUCAAAUCGAUUAUCUCUGAAUCAAUCUCUAAUAAACAGUAACCAAUUAAGAUGAACUUUAACCUGCCUACAAUGAAAGCCAGACUACCCAAGUAUACUUGACUAUAUAAAACAAAGUGCACAGUCUGAUAAAAUUGGACCAAAUUCAAAGCAAAUUCAAAGAUAAACGAAAUACCACGAGUGAACAAAAUUACAUCACUACGAACGUGUCGUAGUACGCACUCGCGUCGCAUUCCCCGGUCAGUUUCAGAGAGGCUCCGCCGACACACGGUCGACAUCGCCCUCGCGGUGUCCUGACGAGGAAAACUGUGCCCACCAUUGGUCUGCAUCAGACAUUGUGGGUGCCACGCGUUUUAGGCGCAGUAAGGUGUUGGGAAACGGUGAGCGCUUGGUUGGGUGCACACGCAAUUGUGCAUGCCGUAUAACAUCUCAUGAAUUAUUCUAGGUCCUCGGGCAUUUUACAUAAUUUUACAUAUUUGCUGUUAUAUCUCUUGAGGCAUUUGUGUUCAUAUCAGACUUUUUAUGAUUAUACAAACAUGAAGAUGUUGUACAUACAUGUAUUUAUUUUCCUACAAAAGCCCGUUAGUGUCAUAAAAGUGUACACUUCAAAAAGUGAAGUUUGUUUUCCAAAGUUCGUUUUUAUGAUAUAAACUUUCUUCCAAUCUCAUUUCUACAAGAUUUGGUUCAGAAACAUUGUUUCAAUUUUUUUGGAAAAAAAACAAUAUUAUUGUUUUCGAAGUUGAUUUGUAUGAGAUACAUUUUCGAUUCUGUUUUACAGAGAUACGUAGUUUAAAUUUUUUUUUUCUCAUGAAAACUAACUCGAAAGAAUAUAACUCGUAUAACGAAAUUUGAGAAAUAUAUUUCAUGAAACGAAUUCUCCCAAUAUAGAAAGAAUGUUUCUAAAAACUGAGCUUGAAAAAAUAAACCUUAUAAAAGCGAACUUGUUUUGGUCAUGUCCGCCUGUUGUGUGACUUGUAAUAUGUACUUAUGUGAGAUUUGGAUGGUUUGUGUCUUUUGUUGUGUGUGUCAAUUUCUGUUUGUUCGUCAGCGUCUUGUAUGUGUAUAUGUGUGUUCGGUUUAAGAUUCAUGUCCAUUUUGAUGUGAAAUAUAUUUUAUAGUUUUUAUUGAUCUUUAAAUGUAAAGUUGUUUAUUUUCCGAAUUAGAAAAUAUACCUUUUUAUAUUUCUUUGCCAACGUUGAGGGAGGCAAGUUUAAGGGCCCCUGUAAAGUUUUUUUCUUUUGUCAUUCCUUACCCAUGAAAGAGGAGGUUUAUCCUUUGUUCUCCUUUUUUAGCUAUUUAAAUUGUACUGUCUUUGUAUGUAUUUUGUAUUGUGGUAGUGAAAUCUACCUACUGAAAGUAUCGAAUACGUCCACCGAUGAGUUUCGACAAACACAGUAGAACAGAACUUUAUGUUGAAGCUGUAUGGUAUUAUUUCCUUCUGAAACUUUUUCAACAUGCUAUUGGCAUAACUUCACACAUAAUACACGGAGAAAUAGUCGAAGAUAAUGCUUCGCAACUGGUUUUUAUUUUGAACAGACGACAGAGGGUAGCAACAUCUUUAGCCAUUCCCCGACGAUGGUUUGGUCAGAUGUUAUGAUAAUGACCGACCUGAUUGCGCAAAAGAACAUCCCCCCCCCGGGCGUCGCCGUUUAGGUGAAAAGCGCCCUCUAUGAUUUAGGGGUGGUCAUAAGUGAACUGAAAAAGGAUAGUAAUCCUUGGUACCAGUACUAGCAAAUGACAACAAAGUGAGCUAUAAAUCUUUGAAAGCUGUCAUAGGUACUCAGGUCUUCUAAACUCUUUUGUAUAACGGUAAUUAUGUUUCAAGUUCAUUUAGUUUCUUGAAAAGAGAUAUGAGACUUUCUGGUCGAAAUCGUACCAUUUAAUACGUAUUAAAUAUAAAAUAGGUUGUCUUUAUGCUUUCAUUUGCUAAAUGUUUUUGUACAUAGCUGUAAUUGUGAUCAUUAUGGAAAACUAUGGUUACUUCGCGAUUCUCACACUACACGGAUUGGCUGGACACGCCGUGCAUGUAUAAUACACAGGGCGCAAGGAAAUGGGCCAGCAUUACACAGUUUGUGCGUGCCCGCCGGCGUUGUGUACGUAUUCGGAGAUUUGAGUGGUAUUUGCCGAUGUCGGCACUUCUCACACAUAUCUGACAAAGCUAAGGGAGCGUUAUUGCGUUAUACAUCAACACCGGAUGAAAAAUUCCAAUGUCUAUAGAAUGAGGCUGGUGGGUUGAUUUCCCAACGGAGUCCCAGUGGUGUCAUGGUUUGGAAUGUCCGUCUUCACAAAACAUCAUGUAACCCUGAGGGCACUUUCUGUUUGUUUUCGUGUUUUAUAUGUUAUCAAUAAAUAGGAUGCCUGUAUAGAUUUUACAUUUAUAUACAUGUGUAUAUACAGAGUAGAAAGGACGAAUCCGCGUUUCCACGAUUAGCGUGCGAUCUAUCGGACUUUUUGUUUAAAUUGUUUUUUACGGUCGCCUAAAUAAUGGACUAAGUCUUCCACGGCAAUCCAUCCCUCCGUUGAUUUCAGCAUUUUCAUGUAAUGCACUAUCAUAAAUAAGAUUAUAUACCUUUUGUUCCUGUCUGCAUGUAAA